GCUGCCCUGCGUCUGUGCGAUAAACGAUAAACAAUAAAGCGCGGCUGCAAUUUAGCCUCGUCGUUUCAACUUGCGAAGUUACCUACAUCUAUCUCACGUCUGCCUUUCCAAUUGAUCUACACCUUCUAAACACAGAUCGUAGCUUUCAUUAUUCGGAGCUUGUUUUGGUGAAACAUCUACCGAUAGUUCCCAUUAUGGCGUCUACGCCGAUGGACCUCGAUGUUCCCGAUAACUCAUCGCCUGCUAACGGUACACCAUCCACCUCCCUCAACAUCACUCGUACUCUAGGCGGUGGUUUACCUAGCACAUCAGCUAUCUCCGACACCGUUCACAACUUCAGACCUACGAAGUUAUUUAAGCGCGACGAUAUUAAAGAUGGACGUCCUCAACCCUUCAUUCUUAGCCUCGAUUAUGACGACCCUGGAGAGCUUCUGAUGACAUCCGAGAGCGACGAGACCAUCCAGAUCUACAAGGUCCGAGAGGGUCGCCACGACAAGCAGCUCCUUAGCAAGAAAUAUGGAGUCAAACUCGCCAAGUUCACGCACAACAGCUCUAGUAUAAUAUACGCGAGCACGAAGCAGAAUGAUGCGAUCCGCUACCUAACAACCCAUGAUAACGCAUUUAUACGUUAUUUCGAAGGCCACCAGGCUGCCGUUACAUGCUUGGCGAUGCAUCCCGGCAACGACGACUUCAUCUCCUGCAGCAAGGACAACACUAUACGGCUAUGGAAUGCCGGAACGAAGAACGAGACUGGGAUUUUAUAUCUGAACACACCACAUCUCGCAGCUUUCGACCCGAGUGGACAAGUCUUCGCCGUAGGAUCACCUAGUAGCGGCAUGGUCUUGCUCUAUGACCAUCGAAAGUUCGAUAAAGGACCAUUUGCAGAAUUCGACAUCGUGGAAGCAAGCUUUGUAGUUGACCCGCAUCAUGCUAUGCAGGGCUGGACUACGCUGGAGUUUGCCAAUGACGGACGCUCUGUCUUACUAGGCACGAAGGGAGGAGGUCAUUUCCUUUUGGACUCGUUUAAUGGCCAUCUGAAAGGAUACCUACGAAAAACUGAAGGCGGAAGUGAUAGGCUGGCACCUGGUGAAGAGUACAUGCUUAAUGGAGGUGGCCCGAGUGGUGCUAGCGUGGAGAGUAGCGGCGACUGUUGCUUCACACAUGACGGAAGAUUCGUCAUCGGCGGUGGGAAGAAGGGUGUUAUGGUGUGGGAUACACUAAUUAACGCGUUCGAUAAGAUUCUGGACCCGGUUCACGUGCUAGAAGAUGAGAGGCCCGCGGCGGUAGUUGCCAUCAACCCCCGGUUCAACUUCUUCGCGACGGCAGAUCAAGACUUAGUGUUCUGGUUACCGGAUCCGCACGCCUAGGAGGCGGCUGACGAUUCAUCCGACGACUCUGAUAUGGAUGGGUUGAUGUUUGAUAUCGACCGUAUGCACUUGAAUCAAGGCCGUCACGGAUUGAUAGCGGGUGGAAAUAACAUCGGUAUGACCUUGAAUGAAGACGAUCACGGGUUGAUAGCGGAUGGAAAUGACACCCCCCAUUUAGCAUUGCGAAAGGCGUCUAAAAGGUCAUCGUCUUGGCAACGUCUUGUUAAAUAGAUGCUUGCAUGAAAUAUAAAAAUUUGGGUUGUCCCACAACGUAAGACAUAACACUUAUGACGAUUAAUAUUUCGAAGUACCUAGGUUAAAACAUUUGGCUAUGGUACCUUAUCUAGGUGCUUAUGCGAUGCUUCUAAAAU